AUGGCGGCGGACGUGUCCGUUACUCCCCGGCCCCUGCCGAGCCCGGGGGCCGAGGCCGGGGACGGCGGGGAGCGCCGGCCGCCCGAGGAGGAGCUGCCGCCGCUGGAGCCCGACGAGGUGCGGAGCCGCCUGGAACGGACCGCCCAGCAGUUCCGCAACCGCCGCAAGAUCCUCAUCCGGGGCCUCCCAGGGGACGUGACCAACCAGGAAGUUCAUGAACUUUUGAGUGACUAUGAGCUGAAGUACUGCUUUGUGGACAAGUACAAAGGAACGGCGUUCGUGACCCUGCUGAACGGGGAGCAGGCCGAGUCGGCCAUUCGCACGUUUCACCAGAGCCGGUUGCGGGAGAAGGAGCUGUCGGUGCAGCUGCAGCCCACGGACGCCCUCCUGUGCGUGGCCAACCUGCCCCGGGCCCUGAGCCAGCGAGAGUUUGAGGAGCUGGUGCGGCCGUUCGGCAGCCUGGAGCGCUGCUUCCUGGUGUACAGCGCCCAGACGGGCCACUCCAAGGGCUACGGCUUCGCCGAGUACAUGAAGAAGGACUCGGCCGCCCGGGCCAAGUCGGAUCUCCUCGGGAAACCGCUGGGGCCGCGGACGCUGUACGUGCACUGGACUGAUGCCGGGCAGCUGACUGCUGAACGGCUGCACUCGCGCUGCCUGUGUGUGGACCGGCUGCCCCCUGGGUACAGCGACGCGGAGGAGCUGGCUCGAGCCUGCAGUGUCCCUCAACCCCCCACCUUCUGCCAGUUGGCGUAUGGGCAGGAUGGGCAGCUGAAGGGGUUCGCGGUCCUGGAGUACGAGACGGCCGAGAUGGCAGAGGCGGCGCAGCAGCAGGUGGACGGGAUGGCCCUGGCUGGCCACCACGUGCGGGUAUCCUUCUGCGCCCCCGGCCCGCCCGGCCGCAGCAUGUUGGCCGCGCUCAUCGCCGCCCAGGCCACGGCCCAGAACCGGGGGAAGGGGCUGCUGCCGGAGCCCAACAUCCUGCAGCUCCUCAACAGCCUAGGACCUCCGGCCUCGCUCCAGCUGCUGCUGAAUCCACUGCUGCAUGGCACUGUCGGGGGAAAGCAGGGCCUCCUGGGAGCCCCCCCCACCCUGCCGCUGCUGACCGGCCCAGCCCUGUCCACCACGCUCCUCCAGCUGGCACUACAGAGCCAGGCCCAGGCCCAGGCCCAGCAGAAGCCAGGAAUCCUGGGAGACUCCCCGCUAGGCUCCCUGCAGCCGGGGGCCCUGGGCCUGCCUAAUGCCUCAUCGGGGUCCAGCCAGCCCGGGGGCGCCCAUCUCGGGGAGUUGCCCGCCGGGGGACCCCAGCCCUCCGAAGUCGGCCCCGGGCGCGGGAAGCCCUCCCCUCUCCUGCCACCCCUCCUGGGCCCAACGGGGGGGGAGCGAGAGGCGGCAGGGCUGGGGGUGCUGGCUAACCAGCUCCCCCCGCCUCCCUCUGCCUUGCUGGGCUCUGUCGUCACCGGCCUGCCGAAGCUGGGGGAGGACAGAUCGCCUGCCUCCGGAGGCUCCUCGCUCCUGGGAGAGCCACCCAAGGACUUCAAGAUCCCCCUGAACCCCUACCUGAACCUGCACAGCCUGCUACCUGCUGGCAGUCUCUCCGGCGCCAGCGGGAGCUCCGGCAAACCUUUUAACCUGAAAUCCGGGGGGUUUGGCAGCAUCCCCAGCCCUCAGCUCCCAAACGAGCUAGGUCUCCCCACGGAUGGCUUCACUUUCGAUUACCAGCCGGAACUGGGGAGACGGGGGUUCCUGCACCACCCUCGGGAAGCUGGGGGGCCAGGCCUGGGGUCGUUUGGAUCCAGCCGGCACAAGAUAUCUCCGGCAUCUGCUGGCUUCGGUGAGCGAAGUGCCGGCGGGGGUGGCCCCCUACCUGCCUUGUACUCUGGCUCCCCCACCUCCUACUUCAGCAGUGGCCUGCAGGCUGGGCUCCAGCAGAGCCAUCUGAACAAGGCUGUGGGCAUGCCACCAGUGGGCUCCGGAGAGGGUCUUUUGGGCCAUGGACCCAGUGGGCACGGCAGCAACCUAAAGACUCCAGUCGCCGGCCAGAAGCGAGGCUCCUCACACCUGCUACCAUCUCCAGAGCCUAGUCCUGAGGGUGGCUACGUGGGCCAGCAUUCACAGGGACUGGGAGGCCACUAUGCCGACUCUUACCUGAAGCGGAAGAGGAUAUUCUAGCGACGCCCAGCCCCCUUCUUCCUCCUCCUCCUCCUCCUCCUUUCUCCUCCCCCUCCCCCCAGCAACACUGCCCUGAUUGAUGCCUUUUGGCUAUGAAUCUAUUUUUUACAGAGUCAAAAAUAGGACUUUGCUUUUUAAAGGAGGGGAGCAGGGGCCUGUCUGGGAGUUCAGACCCUCCUCACCCCAUCUCAAGGGAGGCUGACAGGGAUCUGUCUUGGCCUAGUCAAGCCCUCAUCUCCACUGCAAUUUUAACAGAGCAGACCAGCAGGGUGGGGGUGGUGCGCAGACUCGGUCUCCCUUCUGUCUCUGCCUCCCUUGGGAUGCCAUCUCCUGCCGGCCACCACCCCGCCACGCUCCCGAGGCAAGGCUGGUGGCUACGGAGAAGGAAGUUGAGGAAAUGGCCCAUCCCCAAAAUGCUUCUUUUCCUUUCUCAAGUGAACCUUUUGGGGCUCUUCCUCUUGUAGGUUUUUUGGUUUAUAAAAUUUAGGGGAAGGGUCCUGUCCCCUGGAGGGGGGGAUGGUAUUGAUCGCCACCCCUACAUCCACCCUGAUCUCUUGUCCCCUGGUGCUCUCUUUUUCUGGUCCCUUUCCCCCCUCCCACCCCCAUUCCGGCCUGGAACACGUUGCCCGCUGGCUUCUCUCUCGCCUCGAAGCGGCUCCCCCGGCCCCACCUCCCACACAGUCUGGGAAUGGUAGCAUUUUGAUCCCUCAGUGGUGGGGACUGCUUAAGGGACUUCCCUGCAGCCUCCAAAACAAGGGCUUGGUUCGACAGCCCCCGUGCCUCCCACAGUAGCCAUACCCCGGUUGAAAGGGCCAGAUUGGGGCGGACCACCCCCCGUCGAUUUGCACUGGGUCUUUCCUGGGCAUUUUGGGCUCCUCUGGCCAGUGUGUUUCCCCAGGCCUACGUCACCGUUUCUCUUUACUCAGCUCCUUCCCCCCACUCUCCCUUUUUUCUGCCUUUUUUCUUGCCUUCCCCGGACCCUUUUUUUUUUUUUUUUGCUGGAUUAAAAGUUUUUAAGUAAAACUUGAUUUUAAUGAAA